GCCAUUAUUGCUUUAUCUCUGUGUGUCUGCGUGUAUAGUACUCGUGUACAUGUGUGCAAUGUGCAUUUGUGUAUAUUGAAGUUGAUUCGAUCUGAAACUAUUGUAUUAAAUUAUUCAUCGAAUCAAUUACACAUACUACACUACUCGUUCCUUUAUUACCAUUAUUACCGACCAUUUCAUUUUUGUUUUUUUUGUUGUUUGCGCUGGUGUUUUCCUUUUUGAUAUCGAGAAUAGUUUUGUCGUUGUUUUUUUUUUUUUUUCGUUUGUAUUUAACAACGUAAAAAUAGAAAGAAGAAAAAAUUCCACGGGCACAGUAAUAUAAAUGUUGUUUGAUCAGUUCGCUGAGUGAGUGAGAAAAGCGAGCAACAAAAUUUUAUUAAGUCCACUAAAAUGAUGAAUUAGUAUUGAAAUUUUUUUCGAUAAAAUACACACAAAACAAACUCCAAAUUUGUCUAUUUCGUGUGCACUUCACUUGUGCGUCAUGAUAAAAAGAAUUCUAGCAGCAUCAAGGGAAUCAUUGCAGCUCAAGCAAAAUUGAGGAAGAAAAAAACGAGAGGCGAGAGGAGACAACAAAUUUGUAUUACACCUAGGUGUUCAUUUAUGUUUUGUGUGACGAAUCAGUGACUUCUCGACUCGUGCAUUCGCCGCGCAAAUGUGUGAAUAAAUUCCGUCAUAUGCGUUGUGUACUUGAGUUAUAUAUUUGUUGUCGUUAAGAUUCAGGUGUAAAAAAAUAAUUGUUUUCCUAUUUCAAUUCAGUGAUCGGUUUGAAUACAGUGUUUGUGCGAAGCAGCAAUAGUUUGAAUCACAAGCCUUAGUCGAUUGUAAAGUGAGAGAGAAAAAAAGAGAAAUAUGUCUAUGGUCGUGCGCUGAAUUUGUUAUAUUAUUUCAACCAAAUUUGUUGUGUGUUAAUUUGAAUUUUUUUUUUUGUGGUUGUUUCAUUUCCAUUUGAUUUUGGUGUGUUGUUCGGUGUUCAGCAAUAAAACGAUCAAAAAAUACGACACGAUAAGUCAAUUAUCGCAACAAAGUGACAAAGAAGAGAAAAAAAGGCGUACAAAACUGUUUUUUUUUAAUCUGGAUUCAAUAAACGAAAAUUACUAACAAAAUGUCAAAAAAGAUAAUUCAUCCCCGUCUCGAUAAAGAAAAUAUUGAAAUUAAAUCAAAGUUUGAUGCGGAAUUUCGACGCUGGUCAGUGAAACGGGCAGAGACGAAAAGUUUCGAUGAAUUCUACAAAAUGAUUGAACGUUUGCAUCAGAUAAAAGAUAUAGAGUUGCUGAUAUCAUAUAUCGAUCCGCGCGACAAUGACCUAUUGCCAAUAAACAAUGACGAUAACUAUGUACGAGCGCUAUCAACAGCCCGGCCGCUGCUUCGUCUGAUAAUUCAAAGAAAAGGCGAUAGUUUGGAAGAAAUCACUGGCUAUGGAACGAUGAAAACACGGACAAAUCUUAUCAGUAGCAUUUUAGGGCAAACACCUGCAAAAUCAAAGACACUGGCUAUUUCAAAUCCACACGAUUUUCGACAAGUUUCAGCCAUCAUCGAUGUCGAUCAAGUCCCCGAAACUUGUAGACGUGUUAAGCUAUUAAAACACGGCAGUGACAAACCACUCGGAUUUUAUAUUCGUGAUGGAACCUCUUUUCGUGUAACGGCAAACGGAUUGGAGAAACAGCCGGGGAUAUUUAUAUCGCGUUUGGUGCCUGGUGGUUUGGCUGAAGGUACCGGGCUUCUGGCAGUGAAUGACGAAGUGCUUGAGGUGAAUGGAAUCGAAGUGGCUGGCAAAUCACUCGAUCAGGUAACCGAUAUGAUGGUGGCAAACAGCGCCAAAUUGAUAAUCACCGUAAAACCAGCGAAUCAACGAACCUUGGCUGCACCACGACGAGGCUCGUUCUCGCGCAAUAGCCAAGUAUCUAGUGGUUCACAGCAGUCACAACACACAAAUCCUGCUUCCGAUGAAAUCGAAAACGACGACCAAGAGGAUGAAGUUCUCGAUUUACUUGAAAACCAAUCGCUUGAUGAUUCAAACAGUUUGAUUAAUCAAAAGGACGGUGUAUUGCAUUUAUAGUUUGGUGCAAAAAAAUUUCAACCGAGCGCGAUAGAGGUGCGUUUUUGUCAUUGAAUGAUUGCUUGAAAAUCAAAUUUUGAAAUGAUGUAUACAUUUAUUCUGCGUGUUUUUUUUUUGUAUGAAAUCAUUGAAAAUUUACCGGGCAUUUGUUAACAUAUUUAAUAUAUUCGAAGAGCAAAAGUGUAAAAAAUUAUUGCGAUAACAAGAAACCGUAGGUGAUAAAAAAAAAACAAUCCUGAAAAGAAAGCAUGUCAUAAUCUGUAUAAAUUUGAUUCAAAUUCCAUUUCCCGAUGCAUAAAUCAUGUAAUAACUUUUAUUUUUUUAAUCGCAUCCUCAGUAUUUCUGUAUUCGAAAUUCAAGUAAUUAGAAUGUUUAUUAUUGUAAUUUUUUUUUUAAAUCAUACAUGAAAUCAUUAGAAAACCGUAACAAAUUUCCCCGCAAGCCAACAACAGUCAAACUGAGCAUGCACACAUAUCAUGUCAACAAGAAAACAAAAACAACAAAAUGUUAUGAAAAAUUAUGAAAAUUUAAAAAUAGAAAAAACAUCAUUUAAAAAUUAAAAUGUGCCUUGGCAAAAAAACACAAAAAAAAACGCACAACAAUUAUAACAUAUGGCCUUAUAUUGGGAGAUUUAAAAAAAUUUCGAUGAAACUAAAUACAAUCACAAAUCCAAGCGUAAUUUUGUUUUUUGAAAAUUGGUAUACAUCUGUUUUACACCACAUAAAAUUUACCGUGAAAAAUGUGUAUAUAUUUUCGUACGCAUUUGAAAGCAAUACCUACAUACCUUCAAGUUUACUUAAAUAUAUUUUAGUUCCAUUUUAUUGGAACAUGGUAAUGAAAAUAUGGGAGAAUAGCGAGAGAUUCAAACGAUAAGAGAUUUUUUAUACUAAAAACUGAUGUAGAUCAAACUAUACGUAUUACAUUCCAUGUUGAUGAAAUCAAAGAGUAGACAAAACGAAGCAAUGUUCAUACCUCGUAUUUGUGUCCAAUUAUUACAAAAAGAGAAGAUUUACAACGCCAACUAAUAUUGCAAGUGAAUAAAAAUAAAAACAAGAGCUACAACAUUCAGUAUUUCCAGACACUUGAUCCAAAAAGUGUUAAAAGUACGCAAAAUUACUUGUUCCAUUUUGUUUUCCAUCCUUUUAACAUUCGUAGAAUUCCAUUCUUUUCGGCAUAAACAGAAUUAAUCUUCAUUUUCCGGCAGAUAUCCGUCCAUGAAGGUAUUUGCAAAUAUAGAGUGCACAAUAUACGCAAAACGAAAAACUUUUUUUUUUAACAAAACCGACCUUUUUCAGAACUGAACACAUUUUUUAAGAAGGACAAGAAACAGGUUUACAGAUGAGCAGAAUUUGCUUGAUCAUUAUCACAAUAAUUGUUAUAUUUUUAGGUACUUAUGAUUCAUAAUAAUACAUACACACAGCAAGAACUUACUUAAUUUUACGAAACUUUAUUUACCUUGUGUACUUAAUUCCAGUUUAAUGAAACGUUAGAAUUUAGAAAAAAAAGCUAUAUUAAAAAUCAAUUGUUAAUUAGAAUUCGAAAAUUAAAAAAAAAAACCAUUAAUAAAUAGAACAAAUACCGUUAA